AUGAGCUUGGAUCGCCAAAAUGACACCCACAAACAUGAGCUGGAAAGCGCUUCGAAGCCUGCCUUGCAAAACAUGUCCCAAUUCCCCACUUCGAAUGCUGUCAAGGAGACUGUCGUGGAGCAAGCUCCGUCACUGUUGGAUCGGACUCGAAACAACCUCGCCGAGCCAGUGGUGGCUGCUUUCAUGGCCGGUGGAGUUGCCGGUGCAGUUUCCAGGACGAUAGUGUCACCUCUUGAGCGGUUGAAAAUUCUCCUCCAAAUUCAAAGCGUUGGUCGAACAGAGUACAGGUUGUCAAUUUGGAAGGCCCUCGUAAAGAUGGGCCGUGAAGAAGGUUGGCAAGGUUUCAUGCGAGGAAAUGGAACCAACUGCAUUCGCAUUAUCCCGUAUUCAGCGGUGCAAUUUGGAAGCUAUAAUUUUUACAAGAAAUUUGUUGAAUCUCCCGAUGGUGAGAUGACACCCAUGCGCCGCCUUAUUUGCGGAGGCGCUGCAGGAAUUACCUCGGUCACCUUCACCUAUCCUUUGGACAUUGUUCGAACUCGGCUAUCUAUCCAGUCAGCUUCGUUUGCCGACCUUGGAGCACGAGACCCUGGCCAAAAAUUACCUGGCAUGUUCACCACAAUGGUGAUGAUAUACAAAAACGAGGGUGGGACCAAAGCUCUGUAUCGUGGAAUUGCCCCCACUGUCGCCGGAGUGGCCCCCUACGUGGGGCUCAAUUUCAUGACCUACGAAUCAGUGCGCAAAUACUUGACACCGGAUGGGGACAAAAACCCCAGUCCCUAUCGAAAAUUACUAGCUGGCGCGAUCUCUGGAGCAGUCGCCCAGACAUGCACCUAUCCUUUCGACGUGCUCCGCCGACGGUUCCAGAUUAACACAAUGUCCGGAAUGGGGUACCAGUACAAGUCCAUUUGGGAUGCUGUCAGGGUGAUUGUUGCCGAGGAAGGGCUACGAGGUUUGUUCAAGGGGAUAGGACCGAAUCUUCUCAAAGUUGCUCCCAGUAUGGCCAGCAGCUGGUUGAGCUUUGAAAUGACUCGGGAUUUCCUCGUCACUUUGGGAGAUAAAGAGUAG